UCUGAAAACAGUAGAAAAUACUUUUGUUUAGUGAUUACAAAACAUGAAAUAAAACAAAUGUUUAUAAAUUAGAUAUAAUUAAUUAGUUUUAUUUAUAAAUACAAACCAAAAAAAUGUCAAUUGUCAAAACUUGUCCGGGCUUAUAUUGUGGUCGAACUGAACUAGAGGAUGGCUCAUGGAGCGAAUGCGGUGCCUGUCCCAGAGGUUUCCGUACUAACGCUACUAGCUACUGUGUAGAAUGUUCAGAUGAACCCACUCUUUACGAUUGGCAAUACCUCGGUUUUAUGGUUCUUCUACCUUUGGUUUUACACUGGUUUUUCAUUGAUAUGGUUGCUGCUGGAAAUCGUAAAUCUACAAUAAUUGCACAACAUGUUUGUGCUUUCAUUGAAGUCGCAUCAGGGACACUUGCCGCAUUAUUAGCCUUGCCACCGACAGGCUCUGUAGAUUUACAUGUUUGCUCACCUAAAGCUCUAUCUGAUUGGUACACAUUACUUCAUAACCCGCAACCUGAUUACAAGGAAACUCUGCACUGUACACAGGAAGCUGUGUAUCCAUUAUACACAAUAAUAUUACUAAUAUAUGCAUUUAGUCUGUUAAUGACGGUUACAUUACGACCAUUUUUACUAGUCUGGCAUAAAGCAAUACCCGGCAAGAAGGCUAUAUAUUGUGCCUUGUACUUUUACCCCAUACUUGUAUUAACACACACUGUUGCAGCAGGACUAAUAUAUUGUGCUUUCCCAUACAUAAUAAUUAUUAUAUCUAUGAUGACAUCAGCAUCACAUUUCUCAAUCAAAAUGGAUCAGUCUGCACCAGAACUGUUAACAUCCUCUGUCACAAAUGGCAGGAAUUUAAUUAUACUUCUAGGACAUUGGCUAGUCCAUGCAUAUGGUAUCAUAUCUCUCACUGGUUUCAAGGAACUAUGGUACUUGACCCUCGUACCAGCUCCGGCGCUUUUUUAUAUUCUAACUGCACAGUUUACUGAUCCAAUGAAGAUUCACAACGACUGACUAGCUAGAGUCUCACGGGAGAAGUUGGUUUUGAUUUGACAUAUUGAUGAUGCAAGGCGGGAUGUUACGGAGGAUAUAGAAUUUGAAAACUUAGAGAAGUAUAUAAAUGGAUACUGAACUCUAGGAUUUUGAAGAUUACCCGUUUUGCAAGAGACAUUUGAUUAUGCUGUGAAGUGAUUGUUAAUACAAAAGCAACAGUAAAAGCCUGUAAAUGUCCCACAGCUGGGCUAAAGGGGGUCUGUGGACACACAUAAGGCUUUUACAGUCAUUCAUUCAUUUUCAUUCAUGACAUAGUUUUCUCACUAUGUUUUUUUUUAGCAAUGAGCAUAAAAUGAUUUAUAUUUUGAAAUUAAAGAACAUGUAAAUUCAGUGGUGCUAUAUUUGGGUUUAACUAACAAUCAUGGGAUUUUUCAACAAGACAUUCGUAGAUAAUGUCGAAAUAUCGAGCUGCACCAAAUAAAAACCAUAGUAAAUAUUCCGUAUUAAAUACUUGUAAUAACAAUCAUUGGCUAAGGUUUGCGUGUUCUAACUGCUGGGCCAUGUCAGCAACGAUUGUAAAUAUAUAUUUAAAAUAUGUGAUAAAUGUGAUUAGGUUAAAAAAUAUUAAUUAAAAAUAUAAAUAAGGCAAGAUUAAAGUGAUAAAUGUUUGUUCUUUUUAAAUUCUGAUGUCCAUAAGAAAAAUCUGGAUAAUAUAAAAACAUCCAUGAAAAUAUACUAAUAUAUAUAUGUUAUAUGUGUAAUUGUCAAUUAUUUUUUAAUUUUAUAAUAUUUAUUUUAAUUAUAUUAAUUAUAUAUUCGGAACGUAAAAUACAUCUGGAUGUUGCAAUAGUGCGCGGAGACUGACCGCAGCCCAGACAUUCGCCUACACACGUUCUGGCUGCGCGCAAACAAACGCGUUGUAUUGGCUGCCGCAGCCGGAAAUUCGUGGUUGCCUAGUGAGCGGGCUCCUAUACAACGUCAUACGUUUUAGUGGCUGCCGCAUGCUGGCUGCGCAGCCAGGCUGCCUAUUAC